UUUUAGCCUCCCCCUCACCCACCACAAAACUUCAUGAAUCUCCUCCCUCUUCUUCCUCGACUAGCUCUCUCCCACUACCCUGAGGGGCGAGGGUGCUUCUCCGCCAUCAAUCAGAAGAAAUCUCAACCAUCUAAUUGAAAGGCUCGCUGACCACGAGGUCUAUCAAUUCUAAAGUCAAGAUUAACUCAUCUUUAGUCUCUUUGGACCUCAAGUUGCCUCUAACCUCAUUCUCGAGAGGAAUCCAACCAAUCAGAUCAUUUAAAACUCGGCCACCUUCUAGCAAUACGCAAAGACAAUUCUUCUUGCAAUGUUACUAUGGAGAGGUGCUUGUCAUACAUAGUUUUUGGCAAGUUUUACUGAGAAUACAGAUUUUGGACAUGGGUUCUGUCGGGAAUCAAAAUCUUUGGCCUCCUUAUGAUAGUUCUAAGGGGUGUUCACAAGGGAUUUGCAGCAUGUAUUGUCCACAAUGGUGUUACUUAAACUUCCCUCCUCCUCCGAUGGAUGAUGAUUCCGGUACCCCUUUCUCCCCCCUCGUCAUAGCCAUCAUAGGCAUCCUGGCAAUUGCUUUCCUUCUAGUAAGCUACUAUACGAUAGUAAAACGGUAUUGCAGGAGAACAAAUGAUCCGAACACAAGUAUAGAACCCGAAGAGAAUCUUGAUGGAACAACUCGUGACCAGUGGGCCGUUGCCUCAACCGGAUUGGAUGAGGCACUUAUCAAGACAAUCACAGUUUGUAAGUACAAGAAAGGUGAUGGCCUAAUUGAAGGGACAGAAUGUGCAGUUUGUUUGAGUGAAUUUCAAGAAAAUGAGUCUCUUAGGCUAUUGCCAAAGUGUAUCCAUGCUUUUCACCUUCCUUGUAUUGAUACAUGGUUGAAAUCUCAUUCAAAUUGUCCUCUUUGUCGUGUCGAUGUUAAUAUAACCUCUCCGUUGCCUCCACCUGCCCCAAGUUCACAAACUCCAUCGACCCUGAACCUGGCUUCUCUCGAAGUUCAAAGGCCGGAUGAUUUGAUUUUCGUGGUGGAUGAUCAGGGAAGGGAUUGUUCAGAAGACGUGAUUUUAACCCUUUUUAGUGAUGAUAAUGUUCAACCGAAGAGCCCCGUACAAAAUGUUAGCACAACACAAGAUUCUGAAACACGAAACGACAUUAUCGGAACUCCCAAAGAGGAUGUUAAAAAUUUUAGAAGAUCAAUUUCUUCAGGAACAUUUUCGAGCCAACGCCAGCUUAUGAUUGCUGAUAUUCUGAGAAUUAAAGAAGCAUAUGAAGGGUUACAAAUGGAAAGUUCCUCAAGAAGAGUGUUGGAAGAAGAAAUCAAGAACAAUACUAACAGUAAUAGCAGAGAUUGGGAAUUAAUGAGAAGCCCUGUUGCAAUGAGAAGAUCCAUAUCCACUGGCAGAUUCUUAUUCACAGUUCAUAACAAAGGCAAGAAUUCCAUAAUCCCACAUUGAAUAUACACAUAAUGUAAAGUUACUUGCACCAACUUGUCCUCUCAAGUCCUUGACCUAAUUAUGUUUAGCAUAGUAGGAAAGAAAUAUGUAAUCUUUGAGUUUGAUACUUGUGAUGCCCAAUAUGGGAUUGAGUGGAAAUUGAAACAGAAUUUGUCAUUUA